AGGGAGGAGAGAGAGGGAGAGGAAGGAAAGAGGGGGCAAAAGAGAGAGGGGAGGGGUGCUUCGUUAUCGUGCUCAUCACCGGCGUUAUCCGGAGCCGGUGGGCGGUACAGAGAUCUCUGAGGAUCCAUAGAUAUCCUGCUGAUGCUGCUGACCGAAGGAUGCUAUAGGUCAGUUGGGAUGCUUUUGCAUAUCUGGAGUCAUAUCGUGUAUUUUGGCAGGUGAUGCACCGCUGCAGGGCGCCAGAUAAACUGGAGAGAAGAAGUAUGAGAAAAACAAACCUGUCUUUGUCUCAGUGAAUGCAGAGACAGACGACAAUAGACUAUUAAUUCUCAGGAAAACAAAGUGGGCUUGGAGAUGCUUCUUGGUAUGUCAGACUGAGAUUCUGCUCUGAGAGUUUUCCUCCAUCAUUUUCCGUAAAUGCAUGAAGUCAUCUAGGAGCUGAUGGGAUAAGGAAACAAAGCAGCAGGAGCAGCUGAGUCAGGAGGACUAUGCAUAGACAAGGUCUAGAUCUGCUUAUGUGUGUUUAUGCGCUUAUCGUCAGGGAUGACAACGUGAGAGGUGAUGCAAUUUGGUGAAAGCUGUCAACAUUGAUUCACAGCUGAGGCCUUACUCGGCGCAUCUGUCAGUGUUUACGAGACAAAACAGGAGACCGGAAAACAGACUCGGUUCAGAGGCCUCUGUAAACAAACAACGACGUGUUUCUGCCGGUAGAUGCUCAUUUCUCUCACGCUCUUCUUGUGGAGGCUCUAUCGACAUCUCUGCGUUAUGUUCAGCUCAGACAGGCUCACAGUCCCGGAGUAUGUCAGCCGGCUGCAGAGGGGCAGGAGCGGCUCCGGCUCCGACCCCAAAGCGGUCUCUCCCGGGAUCAGUGCGGACGUCCAGGCGGUUUUGGAUAGCUCGCUCCCCGCCCUUCGCUGCGCCAUCAGGAGGUUGAAGUCAGCCAAAGAAACCUCGGACUCUGACGAGACCAGAAGGGCCAUAGCGGAGAUCUUCCAGCUGGUGGAGGAGGCCUGGGUCCUGCCCACUGUAGGCCGUCAAGUAGCCGAGGGGAUCUGCAACAGAAUCCGGCUGGAUGGAGGCCUGGAGCUGCUGUUGCUGCUUCAACAGACACCUGCUGUGGAAAUCACCUAUGAGUCUGCAAAACUGCUGGAGCAGAUCCUCAUCUCAGAGAACAGGUAGGCUACAGUAAAGAGGAUCAGACAUAAUACAAUACUGUCCAACACAGACCCUACUUUAGUGAACAAACAAGGUUACAUUUUCAGCCUGGUCUGUGUCAGCUGGAUAUGUAACUGCAUCACAUGAGCAACUCACAAAAUGUUACAGGCUAUUACAGGAAAAAAAUCAAGAUUAAGAAAAACAGCAGUACCUGUUUCUUGAAUUUGACAAACAAGCAGACUCCAUGUCAAAAUAAGCCUUAUUUAAUGGCCUCAACUCAUCAGGUUAAACCUCGGCCUAUCUGUCCCGGUUGUUGAUCAAAUACAGAGCGCAAAUAUGGUGUUUAAAGCUCCUGUGAGGAGUUUUUAGCUUGUUGCUCUACACUCCGAGAUGAUUACAGAUGACCCUGAUAAAACCAUUAGAGACAUGACUGAUAGUUUAUCUAUGAUUAUGUUAGCGCUUUAACCGCUGCUGCUGGGUGGGUGUCAGACAAAGUGAGUUGCAGCGAUCUUCCCACAUGCCUUUGUCAUCACAAUAGCUGUUGUUUCCUUCUGAGACAUACUGUUUGUGCUUUCACUCUCUAAGGAGUUUCUCUUUAGCUUUUUAUUUCCUGAUUCAAGUUUUGUUUUCUGUUGACAGGGAUUACAUAGCACGUCUGGGCCUGGGGGUCAUCCUCAACUUGACCCGACAGCAGGAAGAUGCUCAGCUUGCCCGCAGUGUCUCAGGGAUCCUGGAACACAUGUUCAAACACACCGAAGAAACAUCAGUCCACCUCAUUUCCAAUGGGGCCCUGGAUGCCCUCCUCUUCUGGUGCCGAGGUACGGACCCCACUGUUUUGCGCCACUGUGCUGUGGCUCUUGCAAACUGCGCCAUGUACGGAGGCCACCGCUGCCAGAGAUGGAUGAUUGAAAAGCAGGCGGCUGAGUGGCUUUUCCCGCUGGCUUUUUCCAAAGAGGAUGAACUUAUUCGCUUCCAUGCAUGUCUCGCGGUUACUGUGUUGGCUGCAAACAAAGAAAUCGAGAAAGAGGUGGUGAAGUCAGGAACCUUGGAGCUUGUGGAGCCGUUCAUCGCCUCUUUGGAUCCAGAUGAUUUUGCCCGGAGCUUGCUGGACAGUGCAGACAGUAUGCAGGGUAGGACGGCCUCUGACCUGCAGCAUCUCCUGCCUUUACUGGAUGGCACAAGAGUGGAGGGGAAGUGCAUUGCGGCCUUUUACCUGUGCGUUGAGACCAGCAUCAAGUCUCGUCAGCGCAACACUAAGGUACAAUCACUCUCUGCUUUCUUUCAUAGGACUCGAGAAAUCACUGUCUGUGACUGAGUUUAAUUCUGUUUUCCUUUGAAGAUAUUUCAAGAGAUUGGAGCGGUUCAGAGUCUGAAGAGGAUAGUCAUGUACUCAAGUAAUGGCACAGUCUGUUCGCUUGCCAAGCGAGCACUGAGAAUGAUGGGAGAGGAAGUGCCGAAACGUAUCCUGUCCAGUGUGCCCAACUGGAAAUCUGGAGAAGUGCAGACCUGGUUGCAGCAGGUUGGCUUUAGUGCCUACUGUGACUAUUUCCAGGUAUGUCCGACUACACAGUGAGAUAUAAAGUCAGAUCUGUUUAUUUUAUAAUUGAUAGCUUCUCCUCUCCUCUGUUGUAGGAGCUCCAAGUGGAUGGAGACCUCUUGCUGAACAUCACAGACCAAGAUCUAAGCACUGAUCUGGGCAUGACUGCAGGUCUCACUCGCAAGAGGCAAGUCACGCAAACCUUGCAAGAAGUGACUAACUUUACACUGAGUAUUUUUGACUUCAGUCUAACACAUUCCUCUGUCUCCCCUUCAGGUUUUUAAGAGACUUGCGUGUGCUGAAAACAUACGCCAACUACUCCACAUGUGACCCCAACAACAUGGCGGACUGGUUGGCUGGGGUGGACCCUCGUUUCCGCCAGUACACUUAUGGCCUCGUCCAGUCAGGAGUGGAUCGCAACAAUGUCCAACAUCUGACUGACCAGCAGCUCCAGCUUGACUGCCACAUUGAUAAUGGAGUGCACAGAGCCAAGAUACUGUCCUGUAGUCGCAGGCCCUUAAAACCAUGCCACACUGAUGCCCAGCCUGCAGGACCGGAUGUGUUCAUCAGCUACCGCCGCACUACUGGCUCCCAACUGGCCAGGUCAGAACCGAGACAAGACGAGAGGAAUGGGAGGUCAUUUAGACAAAGGGAAGUGUCAAUGUCUUAGUUUUCUCACUGCUCAUUCUCACUUUGUUCUUGUCUUCUGGUUUCAAGUCUUCUGAAGGUGCACCUGCAGGUUCGAGGUUACAGCGUCUUCAUCGAUGUGGAAAAGCUGGAGGCCGGUAAAUUUCAAGACAAGUUGAUUCAGAGUGUGCAAAGGGCACGUAACUUCAUCCUGGUCUUGUCUGCCAAUGCUCUCGACAAGUGCAUGGGUGACACUGAUAUGAAGGACUGGGUGCAUAAGGUAAGGAGUUGUCCAUUCCAAUCCCAGUUAUCCUAAAUCCUGAGUCCUUACAGAGGUGGUGCAUUUUUAUGUUGAUACAUAAACAUGGACCGUGGACGUGGAUUUUAGUCACAUCUCCUGAGGGACAACAAUCAAAUCCUUGUGCUAACAUCCCAUUCCCAUUACUUUCGAGCACCCUGUGUAAACACUUAGCUGAAAUUACAUGCCACAUAAAUAUUUAAUAGAAAAGAAGAGAUCUGAUGUUUUCUUUUGCUCGCACACGUUUCAAGGGAAUUGUGCUUUUACAAACUCAAAGGAACUCUCAUGAAUUUUGCAGGAGAUUGUGACAGCUUUGGCUGGCAAGAAGAACAUAGUUCCUGUCACAGACAAUUUCAUGUGGCCUGACCCCACGUCUCUGCCAGAGGACAUGAGAACAAUUCUCAACUUCAACGGCAUCAAGUGAGUCCCCUGAAAAACUCAAAUAAACCAAAGCCAAACUAUAGCCUUGAUUAUGUACAGAAAUCCUGUUCUCAAUCGGUUUAGCAGCUAAUAAAGAGGUCCAGUUUGGGUCGCGCGAUCUCUGCUAUUUCCAAUUUAUGCUAAGAUUAUAAAUAUUUAAAAGCCUCUUUAAAUUUCUUAAUAAAUAAUUCAUAAAUACUGCUUUUUAUUGUUUUAGAGGAAAGGUGUUGAGCAAUUGAUUACUGAUCCAAGUAUUAAUCACAGACAACUUCUUUCAUUGCAAUGCAUUUAACAGAGUGGAUGUUGUCUUUUCUUUUCACAGAUGGUCCCAUGAAUACCAGGAGGCCACUAUCGAGAAGAUACUCCGCUUUUUAAAAGGACAGCAAGACCAAAUUGACAGCACCGACGCCUCCAAAGUGCAGAAAAAGAAGUAAAAGUGACACAAGCCGUUUUGAUUUGGGUUUCAAUGACCAUCACUGAUGCCAAAUUUCAUCAUGGCCAAUUUGUGAGCCGGCCGGCAGCUUAUUCAGCAAACGCAUGUGAUAAGAUUACAUGCCCACACACAAAGGCCGAAUACAAAGCGGCCCAAUAUACUGCAGAACAAUAAACGAAAUCUCCUAAAAGGAUUUCUUGGUGUAUAAUGAGCUUUUAAUGAUAGUACCCUCACACUGCUCAAUAUGUGUAACCAGGUACAGUAUACACUUCCUUCUCUCAGGACAAUAACUGUGAUUGAUCAGCCAUUAUUGGCACCCAGCAAGUCAUCAAAUAUCAGUGUCUGAAGCUUUCACUAACACAUCGAUAUACUCAGUUAUCUUUAAGUGUACAUUUAAAGGACCAAAGUGGGUCUCUGGGUUUUUGUUAACAUGUUAUGUUUGAGUUAGAAAAGGAACCUUUCCCAGCAGAUGUUUGUAAUUAUUGGAGAUGGUUAGGGUUAACAGUGGGCAUCAUUUGAGACUGGGGACAUGUACAGAGAUAAUGAGCUAAUUAAUAAGAAGCUGCAAUCCUAAUGUAACCAAAUAAUGAUAUAUGAGACGUACAGACUAGAAUCAUUUCAGCGUGGUUUUUAACAUUUCCUCAUAUUGGUUAAAGAUGGUAGGAACUCCCACCUUGAAACUGGUUUUAAGUGUUUGGAAUGAAGUAACAUAACACUGUAAAACGUAGAAUAUAUAUCCAAUUUGAUUCACUGGAUGCUAUGUCAUAUAAGUCUGUUUUCACUGCAAAAUAUGCUUUGAAAAUUAUAUUUAAUCUCAGCAAUUAUUUUGUAUUACCCCAAAAGAGUGAAGUGAAAACAAAGAAAUCCAGCCUUUGACAGCCUUGAGAACAAAAAGCAAAUUUGAUCAUGCUUGUGCAAAAACAAUACUGAACAAAAAAAGUUUUAAAGUUGCUGUAAAGAAAACCGUAUUAACCCAAAAGCAUAAAGAUGUGUUUGUCACAAGUUGUUCUAUUUGGCCUGAUGCAGCUGGGCUUUUUCUGAUCUUGCCUUAAUAUUGUUUGCCUUUAAUGUCAACCCACAUUAUCUGAGUGUGAUAAAUAUAGUCCCUGUUUAAUUUUAAUCUCUUUUCCAUGUAGCUGUUCAGUGUUAAUUUUGUUAUCAUGAUGUUUUAGUGUUGGAAAUAUCAUUUGAAACACGAUACAUAAUAAAUUGUGUUGAGAAAAAUC